AUGAGAGUGAGGAAGGCGUUUGCUGUGCUUGUGUUGGUGUCGGGUAUCAGUGAACUGCGCGAUUCCGGCGGAUGGGGUUCAUCCACGAAGUCCGAUGAUUCCGGAAACGAUGUGACACUAGUCAGUUUUGCAGCAAGGAGACAAUCCACCCGCCGUGCAUCGAAGUCGAUCCACGACAUCGCCCAAACCUUGCCUAGGAAACCCUCCGAAGACGUAACACUCGUGGGGUUUUCCCGUACAAGUGGCAGCUUCAGACAACGCGGUGGCUCAGAAGACGAUCAUUAUUCUCCCUUUUGUACCAAUACUCUGAAAACAUCAAAGGAACUGAAGAUGGAACGAGAACGUGUGCGCCAAGAAAAGAUGGCGGGCUUUUCUGCCAAGGAUUGGGUAGCUGAUGAUGAUCUCUCAGAUUUCAUGUCUGCCUCGGAUCGAAAAUUUGCCGAUCGACGUGAGGCCUUCAAUAAAUUCUUCACCGACAAUCGGGAUCGAUUCGCCGAAAUGAAGGAACAAAUGCGGAAACGCAGUGAAGAAGCAUUUGCUUCACGUGUUCCGGAUUUCGGCGACUUGUUCGACCGUGUAACUGCCGACUGGAAUGUCGACGAAGAUGCCGGUUUUAGGCGCAGUUUUUCAUCGUCUAGUGGUUUUGACUCGUCUUCCGAGGCCUCAAGCUCAUCGUCUCGUCGAGUUGAACCGCAGCUUACCGGGUUCAGGCCCGCAUUUACGACUUCCGAUGGCCUCACAAGAUUCACUCCUAUCAUUGUAUCCCCUCCUGGAAACAGACUAGGUUACCGGGUGAAAACCCACAGGAGCACGUUCGAAUAUUGUGGCAGCACCAAUACAUACAAACAAAGAGCUUCGUUGAGGUUUGCGGAAGGCCGCAGAUCCCUCAGAAAAGCUUGGAAACGAAUCAGUCUUCCUCCGAUAGAAACUCUCUGUCAAAUCCCAUCAGGGUUGGGUCUCGGCCUCCCGCCUGCGAUGAUUGCGUGA